UUCAGUCAGCUGGCGAAGAGUCGCCAAUAAAUGAUUUGUUUUUAAUUAGUUAAAAAGUCGUAGUAAAGAAAAUUUAAAUACUACGAUGAAGAAGAAUCAAACAUUUUUUCAACGCAAUGUCGUUGCGAUUGUCGUGAUUCCCUCGCUAAUCGGCAUACACUACGCCUGGAGCUUAAUGCAGAAAAAUCGUACAUUAGUUACCGCCGACGAGGAGAUCGACCUGCCGGUUGUGACGUUUGCCAAAUACUGCUGGAGGCGAGUGCAAGAUAUAACCGGCGGAGGAGCAAGUGUUGAAAAUACCACCGCACCAGCUGUAGCAAAAGCGGCUGCAAAGUAAAGAACAAAGUGUCGCUUGGGAGAUGCUUGCAGUUGAAAUGCAGUAAAGUUGCUAGUUUUUACGUUGUUAUUGUACAUAUAUUAGAAGAAUAUAUAAUAUAAAUAUGUGUUUACCUUUCCCAGUUUAAUACUGUAAA